AACGGGAUGGGAGCCACUCUAGUGUUCCACAGUUUGGGCUUUCUUCUCUUCAGCUUGGUCCUAAGUCGUGUCUGUCUGGUAGAGGCAGAUGAUGUGCUCACCAAAGAGGAACAGAUCGGCCUGUUGUUCAAAGCCAAACGCAAGUGUGAGGUAGCCAUCAGGAACAAACACAAGCCUGGUGAUGGUUACUGCUCGCCAGAGUGGGAUGGCAUUGUUUGUUGGCCUGAGGGGUCUCCUGGAAAGCUGGUGUCCACUGCCUGUCCAGAGUACAUUUACGACUUCAACCAUAAAGGACUAGCCUAUCGUCGAUGUGACAACAAUGGGACGUGGGAGCUGACCACUACCAACAACAAGACAUGGGCAAACUACAGUGAAUGUGCAAAAUUCCUCUCGCACUAUAACCAAAAUAAUGAGAAGGAAGUAUUUGACCGUUUGUACCUCAUCUACACAGUGGGCUACUCCAUCUCUCUGGGAUCACUUAUGGUGGCUGUGAUCAUCCUGGGUUAUUUCCGGCGGUUGCAUUGUACCAGGAACUACAUCCACAUGCACCUGUUUGUGUCUUUCAUGCUGCGAGGCAUCAGCAUCUUCAUAAAGGAUGUGGUGCUGUACUCUGGCUCUGCCCUAGAGGACAUGGAAAGAGUCAGUGUGGAAGAUCUCAAGUCCAUCACUGAGGCUCCUCCAGCUAACAAAACCCAGUUUAUUGGCUGUAAAUUAGCAGUGACCCUGUUCCUGUAUUUCCUGGCCACCAACUACUACUGGAUCCUAGUAGAGGGCUUGUACCUCCACAGCCUCAUCUUCAUGACCUUCUUCUCAGACAGGAAGUACCUCUGGGGAUUCACUUUGAUUGGAUGGGGUGUCCCAGCUAUGUUUGUGACAGUGUGGGCAAGUGUAAGAGCCACCUUGGCAGACACAGAGUGCUGGGACCUAAGUGCAGGCAAUCUGAAGUGGAUUGUACAAGUGCCCAUUCUAACAGCAAUAGUGGUGAAUUUUAUGCUGUUCCUGAAUAUAAUCCGAGUUCUGGCCACUAAACUUCGAGAGACAAAUGCUGGCAGAUGUGACACAAGACAGCAGUACAGGAAACUGUUGAAGUCUACUUUGGUCCUGAUGCCACUGUUUGGCGUUCACUACAUAGUGUUCAUGGCCAUGCCUUAUACUGAGGUAACUGGAGUCCCCUGGCAGAUACAGAUGCACUACGAGAUGCUCUUCAAUUCAUUCCAGGGAUUCUUUGUGGCAAUUAUAUAUUGUUUCUGCAAUGGGGAGGUCCAGGCAGAAAUUAAGAAAACCUGGAGCAGGAGGACACUAGCGCUGGACUUUAAACGUAAAGCCCGUAGUGGCAGUAACACGUAUAGUUAUGGACCUAUGGUGUCUCACACCAGUGUAACCAACGUCACUGCCCGGGGACCCCUGGCCCUCCAUCUCACCACGCGCCUUGGGGCCCCAGUCACCGUCAACGGGCACCGGAACCUCCCGGGGUAUGUGAAGAACGGUUCCGUCUCCGAGCACUCUAUCCCCUCCUCGGGACAGGAGUUACACAUUCCCGAGGAGGAGCAGCUAUCCGAUAACACGCCACCGCAUUCUGUUGAGGAGGAGAAACCCUCGCCUGUGGUGGAGGAGGAGCGGGAGACCGUUAUGUGACGUUCAUGUGACCUCUAGUGAAAGACAGUCAUGUCAAUAGCCCCUCCGUUGUGAGGGCGAUCUCUGUAGGAAUGAGUCAUGGAACAUAGCACCAGUCAUUAUUCUCAGGAUGUUAUACAGUAGGAUGGCUGCCUUUCGUCGACACUGCCAGUUUUCCUCCUGUGAAUCGAGCCAGGAUUUUAGUGGGUGGAUAAGGACUGGAGGACAAAGGCUUAAGGCUAAAAGGGUACCUUAGUGUUUGAGGUGAGCCACCAACACAGACAAUCACCUUCUCUAUUGUCCUGUAGCAAACACCACCGCUCUUUCGGAGACUAUUUCCACCUGCCAAACGGACAAAAAUUCAUAUUUGUUUUGUUUUAUUUCACUGACUUCAAUGAGUUGCAGCAGGUACUUUAUAAUUGAUGAAAACCAACUUGCAGAUGUAGCUUUUUCACAUUCUAAAGCUAUUAUAAAACGUGUGGAUCAUGAAUGGUCUGUGGAUGGACAGUAGGCUAAUGUCUCUGUCUGAAACCUACAGCAGUGAUGGUCGACAGGUCCUGUGGUUGAAGGUGUCUAACAGUAUAUGUAGGUCCUCAUUCUGGCAGGAGCAUGUUAGCUUAUGUUAGUGUACCGGAUGGAUAAGUUAGCAUACAGCUCACUAGCUUACAUUUGUUACAUUAGGAACUCCUAGUGAUAUAAGGAAAUGCCUGGCUGCAGUUGACUGCCUGCAUGGUUAGGGAGAUCUCACUACAUAUCGAUUGGUUUGAAAUAUGGAUGUCAAUUCAGAAAACCUAACCCACUUUGAUGUAAAAGGGAAUAAAACUCAGGUACUAGUCCAAACUCACCAUUCUAGUGCAUCAGUUUGAGCUAGUCUGUACUGUAGUUUCAGAUUUGUGCUGGCUUCUAGUGUUGAUUUAUAUGGAGGAAGGCCAAUGGAAGACUUUUCUCCAUGAGUAUCAACGUUUUGUACAGUUUUUAUUUUUGCUAUUUAAAAGAUACAAUCCUGAUAUUCAGUAGUGUAAUGACUAUGGAAGGUUGUUGUUUCCAUGAUGUUCUGAUGAUUCAAUUCUUCAAUGAUAAUAUUCUGUUUCACAAUAUAUAAUGCCACAAAAGUAACCGAAACAUAUCAAUGGAGUGGGAGAGACAGCGUUAAGAGGAUUUAAAAAAAAUAAGCUUUUAUAUACUGUACAGUGCCAUCCGAAAGUAUUCAUACCCCUUGACUUAUUCCACAUUUUGUUGUGUUACAGCCUGAAUUUAAAAUGGAUUAAAUAAAUACAAAAUCUUACCCAUCUACACAAUAUAGCCCAUAAUGACAAAUUGAAAACAAGUUUUUAGACAUUUUUGCUUAUUUAUUGAAAAUGAAAUUCAGAAAUACGUAAUUUACAGCGAUUACAGCUGUGAGUCUUUCUGGAACUUUCCCUUAAGGGCUUUGCACACCUGGAUUGUACAAUAUUUGCCAAUUAUUCUUUUAAAAAUGAUUCAAACUCUGUCAAAUGUAUUGUUGAUCGUUGCAACACAACCAUUUUCAAUACUUGCCAUAGAUUUUCAAGUAGAUUUAAGUCAAAACUAACUCGGCCACCCAGGAACAUUCAUUGUCUUCUUGGUAAGCAAUUCCAGUUCAGAUUUGGCCUUGUGUUUUAGGUUAUUGUCCUGCUGAAAGGUGAAUUAAUCUCUGUGUCUGGUGAAAAGCAGACUGAACCAGGUUUACCUCUCAGACUUUGCUUGUGCUUAGCUCUAUUCCAUUUAUUUUAUAUCCUGAAAAACUCCCCAGUCCUUAACAAUUACAAGCAUACCCAUAACAUGAUGCAGCUACCAGUAUGCUUGAAAAUAUGGAGAGUGGUACUCAGUGAUAUGUUUGGGGCAAAUCCAACACAACACUUUGUUUUUAGGACAGAAAGUUUAUUGCUUUUUUUGCAGUAUUACUUUAGUGCCUUGUUGCAAACAGGAAAGCAUGUUUUGUAAAAGCUUCCUUCUUUUCACUCUGUCAAUUAGGUUAGUAUUGCGUAGUAACUACAAUGUUGUUGAUCCAUCCACAGUUUUCUCCUAUCACAGCCAUUAAUCUCUGUAACUGUUUUAAAGUCACCAUUGGCCUCAAGGUGAAAUCCCUGAGCAUUUUUCUUCCUAUCCGGCAACUGAGUUAGGAAGGACGCCUGUAUCUUUGUAGUGACUGGGUGCAUUGAUACACGAUAUAAAGUGUAAUUAAUAACUUCACCAUGCUCAAAGGGAUAUUCAAUGUGUGCUCUUUUUUUUACCCAUCUACCAGUAAUUUGUAAACAUUUCUAAAAACAUUAAUCCACUUUGAUGUUAUGGGGUAUUGUGUGUACGCCAGUGACAGAAAAAUCUACAUUUAAUCCGGUUUAAAUUCAGGUUGUAACACAACAAAGUGUGGAAAAGGUCAAAAGGUAUGAAUACUUCCUGAAGGCACUGUAAUUGUAGCAAACUACUUUUAUUAACGUUUCAAAGGGAGGCACCCUCCAAAACUCAGGGUGCAGCAAACAGUUACAUUUUCGAAAUAAAAUGUUAUUUAAAUGAGGAUUUCCAAGGAAUUCUCAAAUUUCACAGGAAAAUUCCAAGGAAGAAUUCCAUAGGAGACUCGUGAAGAGACGGUAUGAAGGAACACCAGAACUAAAUAGCACACAACUGUUGUUUUAUAUGGUCAAGUGUUAUGCUGCUCUUUUUGUAUAUACAGUAUGUAUGCAUUUGCAUAGAAGUUACAAUGUUUACAAUGAUGAUAAAAAUCCAUUCUAGUUGUGAGCUAAAAUAGCAUUAAGGGUCAUGGAAAUGUAUUCUAAAUAUAAUUUGAUGCUUGUACAGACUGUUCAAAAAUGUAAGGGACGUUUGAUAUUUGAAAUGUGUUAUAUUGUAUAUAGUCUUAAAUGUAUAGAAACUGGAGAAUAUACUGUAGGUGAGGGACAAUACUGUAUGUAUCAGGACCGUUAAAAUAAGAUUUCAGUAGAAUGCCUAACAAAGGUAUUGACAGAACAUUAGACGGUUAUUUACACUCGCAUAUAAUUAUUUGAUUCAAGAACUAAAUUGCACUUUGACCCUACAGUUUCCUCUCCCACCACUGUAUAUCCACAUUUCUACACUCAAGAAACUUUUGUGAAAAUAUGUCUAGUUACACUUUAGAAAUAUAUAUAUAUAUAUAUAUAUAUAUAUAUAUAUAUACUGUAUAUUUAUUAUUUGUAUUAUUUUUUCUCUCUCUCUGCAUUGUUAUGAAGGGCCCGUAAGUAACCAUUUCACUGUUAGUCUAAACGUGUUGUUUACAUAGCAUGUGACAAAUCAAAUUUGAUUUUGAUUUGAAAUACCCCAUCUUUACAAGUUCCAUUCCAUCAUUUACAUCAUUUACAUUUAAGUCAUUUAGCAGACAGCAGUUCGUUUUCCAGCCCAUGUUCUCAGGGGGAAUUGAAGGAUUAAAAUCAUUUGUUUGUUAGUUAGUUUGUCACAGAACCAGUAUUUGUGUCUUUACGCUCUGUAAAAGUAGCCUUGUCCUAUACUCUAUGUGCUGUAGCCAAUGCUUCUAUCAUUGUCAUGCCUCGUGUUUGGCAUGAAAAUAAACAAACACACAGAGGAGUUGACUAAAGCACAAACAGACUGGAGCACCAGGCUAUGUCUAAAGAUGUCACAGUUCCAACACUUUGUGUUUCAACCUUAUCUGUCUAAAUAGUUCAUGUACAGUAGGUUUCAUUCCUAUCCAUCCCAAUAUUUCCACGUUGUUUCAAGGGUUGACUUAACAUGGUAAACGUACAUUUGUGUUCCUCCAUUUUAGUAUGAUAUGUAUUUAUUAGGAGAACCCUUUUGGAAAAAAAUGUUUUGGUUCCAGGUAGAACCCUUUUGGUUUCCAAGUAUAACCCUUACCACAUGGAACCCAAAUGGGUUCUACCUGGAACAGAAAAAGGGUUCUCCUAUGGGGACAGCCGAAAACCCCUUUUUUUGUAGUUACAAAGUUACUAAUUAGCUAAAAUGCGAAAGUUGUCUGUGAUGUGAUUGGAACACGCAACCUUUGGGUUGCAAGAUGUUUGCAUUAUACUCCCACAUCUUUCCCUUUCAUUUUUAGAGUAACACAUUUACGUUUACUAUGUUACUUCUAGUCUGAGCGGCCAGGCUAUAUGCGGCCAGGCAUAUACGGUUCAAACCUUCCCUCCAAAUGUACAUUUCAUUCCUAAUCUUUGUGGUUUCCUAUUUAUUGUCAUGGUCUUAUAUGGUUAGGGCACAUUACCCUUUACACCAGAUAAAUAUAGAAGCAGAGUUCGUUUUCUGCCUUACAAAGUUCUGUUGAAGUCGGAAGUUUACAUACACCUUAGCCGAAUACAUUUAAACUCAGUUUUUCACAAUACCUUGACUUUGUUGUACUUAAGCAAUUUGCCACAACUUAGUAUAAACACCAUGGGACCACGCAGCAGUCAUACCGCUCAGGAAGGAGAUGCGUUCUGUCUCCUGGAGAUGAAUGUACUUUGGUGAGAAAAGUGCGUAUCAAUCCCAGAACAACAGCAAAGGAUCUAUAUCCACAGUAAAAUGAGACCUAUAUUGACAUAACCUGAAAGGCCGCUCAGCAAGGAAGAAUCCACUGCUGCAAAACCGCUAAAAAAAGCCAGACUAGGGUUUGCAAUUGCACAUGGGGACAAAGAUCAUACUUUUUGGAGAAAUGUCCUCUGGGCUGAUGAAACAAAAAUACAACUGUUUGGCCAUAAUGACCAUCGUUAGGUUUGGAGGAAAAAGGGGGGAGGCUUGCAAGCCGAAGACCACCAUCCCAACCGUGAAGCACGAGGGUGGCAGAAUCAUGUUGUGGGGGUGCUUUGCUGCAGGAGUGCUGGUGCACUUCACAAAAUAGAUGGCAUCACGAGGUAGGAAAAUGAUGUGAAUAUAUUGAAGCAACAUCUCAUGACAUCAGUCAGAAAGUUAAAGAUUGGUCCCAAAUGGGUCUUCUAAAUCGAGCAUACUUCCAAAGUUGUGGCAAAAUGGCUUAAGGAUAACAAAGUCAAGUUAUUGGAGUGGCCAUCACAAAGCGCUGACCUCAAUCCUAUAGAAAAUUUGUGGGCAGAACUGAAAAAGUGUGUGCGAGCAAGGAGGCCUACAAACCUGACUCAGUUACACCAGCUGUCAGGAGGAAUGGGCCAAAAUUCACCCAACUUAUUGUGGGAAGCUUGUGGAAGGCUACCUGAAACGUUUGACCAAAGUUAAACAAUUUAAUGGCAAUGCUACCAAAUACUAAUUGAGUGUAUGUAAACGUUUGAACAACUGGGAAUGUGAUGAAAGAAAUAAAAGCUGAAUUAAAUAAUUCUGUACUAUUAUUCGGACAUUUCACAUUCUUAAAAUAAAGUGGUGACCAUAACUGACCUAAGACAGGGAAUUUUAGAAUAAGAAUAAGAAUAGCAUAGAAUAAAAAAAAAUUGUCAGAUAUUAUUCAUCCUAAUCAGACAGGUUUUUUACAUGGACGAUACAUUGGAGAUAAUAUAAGGCAAGUACUGGAAACAAUAGAACACUAUGAGAUAUCGGGGACACCAGGCCUGGUUUUCAUAGCUGAUUUUGAAAAGGCUUUUGAUAAAGUACGACUGGAGUUUAUAUAUAAAUGCCUAGAAUAUUUCAAUUUUGGUGAAUCUCUUAUAAAAUGGGUUAAAAUUAUGUAUAGUAACCCUAGGUGUAAAAUAGUAAAUAAUGGCUACAUCUCAGAAAGUUUUAAACUAUCUAGAGGAGUAAAACAAGGUUGUCCACUAUCGGCAUAUCUAUUUAUUAUUGCCAUCGAAAUGUUAGCUGUUAAAAUUAGAUCAAACAUUAAUAUUAAAGGAUUAGAAAUCCAUGGCUUAAAAACUAAGGUGUCAUUGUACGCUGAUGAUUCAUGUUUUCUUUUAAAACCACAACUAGAGUCUCUCCAGGGCCUCAUAGAGGAUCUAGAUACCUUUGCUAUCCUCUCUGGAUUAAAACCAAAUUAUGAUAAAUGUACCAUAUUACGUAUUGGAUCACUAAAAAAUACACAUUUUAUAUUGCCAUGUAGUUUACCAAUUAAAUGGUCUGACGGAGAUGUGGACAUACUCGGUAUAAA